AUACCUAAUGAUGCGAAUUGGGUGCAUCAUUCUGUAGGUGUGUCAUUCAAAUGAACAAUAAAUAUCUAUUGUUAAUCUACAUGAUAUUAAGUCAGGCACUAAGGAGCAAAUGAUUAUCAUCUCAACAGAUUCUCCCACCUGUGAAUCUCAGCACAUUUCUGGGCUCAGUCUGUCAGUUUGGGUGUAAAACUGAAUAUCAGUCUGAAAAAAGUUAAAUGCAAAAGGAAUUCCAAACUUUUCAGAAUCUUAUGUGCAAGAAAAAGUAAUUAAAAACCUUCUUCCAAUUCACAAUGAUGUGCCCAUUUGUGUUGAUCUUUUCCAUAAAACCCCAUGAACUCCACUGAAGAGUUGUGCAAAAUGUGAAAAAGUCUGAAUGACAUGAAACGUAUUUGCAUUGCUGUGGAGACUGAAGGGAUUGGGCGAUGACAGGGUGUCUCACACCGCGAAGCCAUGUGUCAGCUGCACUGAAUGUCUGGAAUCUGAGAACAAUGUCAGCAGGAAGGAGUGGAGGAGUUUCAGGAGUGCGAUCAAACUCACCCAAGGGGAGGGACUGGUGACGAAACACAAGCUCACCGGCAGCACUUCAGCUCUUACACCCAGAGCAGCACAGCAGAGGAACCGUGGAGACUGAGAUAUCCGACGCCCUCUGGACAGAUUGUAAAAUUCACACAAGUGAAGACCUCAAUACUGGAUGACUGAGCCUGGACAUUUAUUGACAGCCUGGACGUAGCAUGACCUUUUGUGAACAGGAAGACCAGAUUUUCUCUACAAGGUGGAAAUGAUUUGAAGGGACAGUGAAGGCAUCAUCUGGAAUCAUGUCGAACUCCCAGGAGCAGAGUCUGAAUGAGAAUGUGGUUUUCCUGCCGGUGGACGAGACCUCGCCUCAGUUCUUCCACUCUGAGCGAGAGCGCGAAGCCAUGGAGAGGCUCCUCGACAGCGGACCCGAGGCCUUCUACAGCUCCAUCGGCCCGGACCUUUCAAGCUACUUCUUAUCUCCUGAAGAGGUGAGUCGGAUAAGCAGCUGGGCUCAGAAUUAUCACUUCCACGAGCCGCUGGUGGGAGACCAGAACGGAGCCGAUAGGAGCGUCGACUCGGAGAAGAUCUGCUCCACCUAUGACCCCUACCAAUGGGACGUCCCGGUCCCCAACCUGGAGCUCGGCUGGCCGGAGAAACCCGCUGGGGUUCCGAAGAACAGCGUCACAGUCCACUCCAGCCAUCCUGCUGAGGGAGACCUGCAAAUCAGAGAGGUCAUCAGGCGACACUUACAAGCAGCCAAAAUGGUAAUCGCCGUGGUGACGGACCAGCUGACAGACAACGCGAUAAUAUUUGACUUGCACACGGCCGCCUCCCGAGGUGUGCCCGUCUACAUCAUCCUGAACCAAAGGUCUCUGCAGCAGAACUUCACCCUCAACAGGCUUAGGCAUCCCUACAUGCGGGUUCGGGUUCUUGGAGGGAAAACGUUUUGCUCCAGGACUGGGAAGAUGGUGGCUGGAGAAAUGAAAGACAAUUUCAUCCUGGUGGAUUUAGAGGCAGCGAUUCAUGGCAACUACAGCCUUACCUGGACAGGCGCUCAUCUUCACCGGCAGCUUGUCACAGUCCUGAGGGGACCGGUUAUCGACUCGUUUGACCGAGAGUUCAGGAUCCUUUUUGCCGACUCGGUCCCUGUUCCCGACACUUGGGGAGUCACAGCCGGCCCCCAAGUUUACAACCACUACCAGACCAAAGACUUCUCACGGCUCCGGCUCCUAAAGCAGCUCUCUGCUGAGUCCGAGAUCACAAACCCUCCUUCUCCGCCCGCUGACGUCUUUCUGGACUGGGAGGCGAUGGGCGUUCUGCAGAGAGACAGCAGCCGGCCUGCGUCUCUUCUGGGUCUACAUAAGGAAAACAUAGUUGAGAAGACGUCACAGCUGGACAUAAAUAAGGACAGCCCCACUGAGGACAGAUUUACCUACAAUGAGCACCUGGUGUGGAGCAGGAGAAGGAUGAAUGAAAAUACAUCCCCGCUCACAACCGGAGUGACAGAUAAUUCAAACAUUAUCAACAGCAAUGCAGAAGUACUGUCAACAAACUCACCAGCUACUGAGGGAAUAAAAAGGCCUGAGCUUCUAAUAGAGAGGAGCGUCUCCAGGGAGCUUUCUGCAGAGAAACGGGCAAAUAAACCUGAGCGGAGAAUCGAUGUUCCUCCAGAAACAACAAAUAAGUUUCUUUCCAAGAGACGAUCAGUUGCUCUGAUGGAGAGUUUUGAAGAAGAGGAUAGCAAAACAGACUAUGUCAGUCCGAGAGAGCACAGCUCGACUUCCAGGGAGAAAAGACCUUUAAUCCUGAAGGUGCCGCACCGGGGCAACUUCAGCUCUGUGAGCGACAUCAUGAAGAAGCUGAAGCAGGGAACGCCGGCGAUGCUGAGGAAAGGAAUGAACUCCACCAUGUCGGACCGGACCCAGUCCAUGAUGGACCUGAGCGAGAACAAUCACAGCGACAGGGAGGCACCAGUGCCUCGCUUCCUGGGCAACCUCAACUCGGAUCAAAUGACACCUGCAUUAGCGCUGAUGCAGAGGAGGAACGAUGGAGUGAAAAACGCUCUAAAUCGACCUCCAGCAAACUUUAUGCCCACUGAGCGACCGCGCAGCUCCACCUUAAACUCCACCUUUAGCCCCGGCUUUUACCUGAGAAAGCUGAAGUCAGACAAAGAAAAACCCGCAGUAUGACGAAGGACAGGCAGAGACUUUACAGUGUUAUUAAUGGUGACACACAGAAGGCCUCAUUGUGCAAAAUAAACACCCAGACGCUUUAUUUGCUUGAAUGUUACUAAAAAUAAAUUAAAUAUUAAUGCUGCUCAGGA